CUAGUUUCAGCUGGGAAUCUGGGUGGAGGAAUAAUUGAGAAUCCCACGGCACUGACUAGCAAUCGAGAGACAAGACUGUGGUCUCCUCCGCGGUCCUUCCGCCCUUUCCCUCGUUCGCUCCAUGCCCAAGAGCUGCGCUCCAGAGCCGUGUAGAGGAGAGACAUGGAAGAAACCAACACUCAUUGCGCCCCACCGCCGCCCGCGGGCUCCCAGACCGGGCUUUCUCAAGCCAACCUCUCCUCCGCUCCCCCCAAUUGCAGCACCGAGGGCUAUAUUUACCAGGACUCCAUCGCCCUGCCCUGGAAAGUACUCCUGAUCCUGGUGCUGGCGCUCUUCACCUUGGCCACCACGCUCUCCAAUGCUUUUGUGAUUGCCACUGUGUACCGGACCCGGAAGCUGCACACCCCAGCCAACUACCUGAUCGCCUCCCUGGCGGUAACCGACCUGCUCGUAUCCAUCCUGGUGAUGCCCAUCAGCACCAUGUACACGGUCACCGGCCGCUGGACGCUGGGCCAGGUGGUCUGCGACUUCUGGCUGUCGUCGGACAUCACCUGUUGCACAGCUUCCAUCCUGCACCUCUGUGUCAUCGCCCUGGACCGCUACUGGGCCAUCACGGACGCUGUGGAGUACUCCGCUAAAAGGACUCCCAAGAGGGCCGCGGUUAUGAUCGCGCUGGUGUGGAUCUUCUCCAUCUCCAUCUCGCUGCCGCCCUUCUUCUGGCGUCAAGCCAAAGCCGAGGAGGAGGUGUCGGACUGCAGGGUGAACACCGACCACAUGCUCUACACAGUUUACUCCACGGUGGGCGCUUUCUACUUCCCCACCCUGCUCCUCAUCGCCCUCUACGGCCGCAUCUAUGUGGAAGCCCGCUCCCGGAUUUUGAAACAGACGCCCAACAGGACCGGCAAGCGCCUGACCCGAGCCCAGCUGAUAACCGACUCCCCCGGGUCCACGUCCUCGGUCACCUCCGUUAACUCCCGGGCUCCUGAUGUGCCCAGCGAAUCCGGGUCCCCUGUGUACGUGAACCAAGUCAAAGUGCGAGUCUCUGACGCCCUGCUAGAGAAGAAGAAGCUCAUGGCCGCUAGGGAGCGCAAAGCCACUAAGACCCUGGGGAUCAUUUUGGGAGCCUUUAUUGUGUGUUGGCUGCCCUUCUUCAUCAUCUCCCUGGUGAUGCCUAUUUGCAAGGAUGCCUGCUGGUUCCACCUGGCCAUCUUUGACUUCUUCACGUGGCUGGGCUAUCUCAACUCCCUUAUCAACCCCAUCAUCUAUACCAUGUCCAAUGAGGACUUCAAACAAGCGUUCCAUAAACUGAUACGCUUUAAGUGCACAGGUUGACUUGUCAGUUGCAGUGGGGUAGCCUAAGCGGCCCUUGGGGACCAUGUUGUGUCUGGUUCCACAGGUAGGUCCACUCUUCUUUCACUGUUACUGGGUCAGAUUGAGGCUCUGUCUUCUGGGCAAGGGCAAUGGAUCCUGAGAAGCCAGGACAGCCCUGAGAGAGAGAGAGAGAGAGAGAGAGAGAGCGAGCGAGCAAGCGAGCGAGCUCUGAGAGGAGAACUGUUCAAACUAAAGGUAGAGCUUCCCUGCGGAGGAGGAAGCUCACUUCCUCCCCUCACACCCCAGGUCCAGCACUGACCCUGCAGCAGCCAAUCAUAAGGGAGGGUUGUAACUUUAAAAAUCAACGAUGGAAGGGGGAUCUUUGCCCUGCUUUGGUAUCAUGGAUCAUGCCCUCCCUCUAGAACCGGUGGUACUUGUAGUUGUCUGAAUCCUGUCUGAGACAGAUCUACAUACAGCCUGGCAGUACUUGAACUAGAAGCCUGAUACCCUUUGUUUUGGGGAGAACUUUGUGUUUCAGCUUCAUUUAAGAAGAGUUACUUUGGCAUCUUUCAGUCUUCACUUUCUGUUUAUUUAAACUUGGUUGGAGAAACUUGUGGAUUUGGUGCUUCAAACCUUAUGUGUGGCUUGGAUGAUGCAGAGAAACCUUGAAGAGUUUAACAGCAAAAUUCUGAUGUUAAGAUCUCUAUUUUUAUUAUAAUUGAAACUAUAUGGGGUGGGUGGGGAUGGGAGAUGGGAAGGAUUAAACUGAGAACCAACACCUAUGGUUGUUUGUUUUCUGCAGAUCUGUAAUUUUUUUAAUUCCUAUUUAGUGAUUGUCAAACCACACUAACAACUCAAACAAAGCAUUAUGUGUGCUAGUGCCAAAGUCUGCAGAUUGCUUUAUUUUCCUCCUAAUUUCAUGUACUUGUCAUUUUACACAUUUAAAUCCUCAUAAAUGAAGAAUACAAUGGGUGAUUCAGCCCAAGCUGCUGCUAUAUUUCUUAUUAAUGCAGUCGAUUAAACUGAUGGCUAUUAGAUAUAUACUGCUCCUUAACAAGAAAGGUAUGUUUAUUCCUUAACCAAUCCAGUGAGAUGUGAAGGAGACUGAUAAAAUAAAAAUGGUUCUUCUACAAUUAAGGAAUGGGGGGGGGGGGCAAUGGGAGGAUGUAUAUUUUGACUUGUAAAAAAUCUUAAAUGCAUGAGACUUUUUUCUGAUAGUCAUUUACAUUCUCCUUCCCAUCUGUAAUUCCUUUGUGUGCCCAUAUAUAAAGUAAGAGAACCACCUCCUUUUUCCAAAAAUCUUCAAAAUACAGUAAGAAAGAACCCAAAAUCUAUGUUAAAGGAAAAAAAAAAAACCCAGAAACUUGUUUUCCCUUGUUACUGAAGUUUGGUUGGGAACAAAGAUUACUAGAAAAUGACAUGCAAGGACUUUAGAAAAGCUUAGAGAUGUUAACAUGGAGCCUGUUUUUUCCUACAACUCAUGGAACCAAACCUCAGAUUUACUAGGCAAUCAGGAAAAUGACAAGCUUUUGAACCUUGGGAAUUUGUCACCGACCUGAUACCUCAAUGAAUAUAUUAUCAGUAAUACUUUAUAUUUAUAUGUCUUUUCAAAUUUCAAUAAUGCUUAGUUGUGAUACCAAAUUCACUCUGAGGCCUCUCCAACACAGGGCAAGAUUACACAACAAAAGAUGAAAAAUGCAUUAUCUAAAUAAAAAGGAGUAGCCCUGAAGGAUCAUCUGCACAGAAAACAAAAUAUGUAUGUGGAGCGUUUUGUAUGCCAAAGAAGAUUUACACUCCAUUCUUCAGAGAGCUUUCUGCAGUGUGAUACCUUUUGUCUGCAGAAGCAAGUUGUCUUUGUAAAAUGGAUUCCCUCCCUGCUUGAAGCUCCCCAGUCCAGACUCUCAGACAAUAGAUGUAUUGAGCUGAAGUACACUGCUUUCCUACUGUGCAGAUCUUCACUCUGGGGUAAUGACUCUUGAAAAUACACUAUUCAAAAGUUCACACAUAAACUAAGUAAAAAGGGGAAUUUUGAUCAACAUUUAUACCUGCCGUUGGAGUAAAAUAAAAUUUGAGGCAUUGGAUAAUCCCUGUGUUUCUGUUAUAUCCCCCAGGUUUUUGUUUGUUUGUUUUGUGACAUUUCUCCUAUGGAGAAAUCUAGCUUACUAUUGAUUGGAAUGUGCAUACAGCACAGUAUUUGUGUUUAUGUUAUUAAUACGUUUGUCUUUUGUUUAUGCAGCUGUGUUUUCUUUGGGCCUAAGAAACAAUUAAGCCAACUUCUAGGAGCCUGAGGGGGAAAAUUAAUUGAAAUAAAUAAAUAAAUUGAAACUUGCAAAUGAGUUCUUUCUAGGGAACCUACAAUGAUUGUGUCCUCAUAUUAACAAAACAUGGUCAAUUUAGUCACAUGGGCUGUUUGCCAUUUGUAGAUUACCCACUUACAGUUUUGCUUCAUUAUUUGGCUGAAUUGACUGAAUUUGGGGCAUAUUGUGUGCAGUAGAAGCUUGCAAACCCUUGUAGUUAUACGAGAUCUAGACUCAUCAUCCAGCAUCGCAUAUGAUAAUGCAAAGUGUAUCAUUCAUCCCAGGGAUAUGUAGUUAACGACUGUUACGCUCCUUCUCAGUUACUGCUGCCUAUAGCAUUGUUUGUUCAUCAACUAGACAUAUGGAUUUUUUGCAGAACAUAAAAUGGGAGAUGGAAAUGUUCAACUUGUAUAGAAAUGAAAAUACGUCUUCAUUGGCUGUGGUAACAAAUAACAUUUGCCAUAUUGUUUAAUUGCACAAAGAUUCACACAAAUAUAUGAAUGUAUACUCAUUCAAAAAUACCAAUGUUGUCUUGUGUUUGUAGCAAUUUUAGAGUUUCCUUUAAAAAAAAUGGACAUGGUACCCAUGAAUAAUGGUUAUUGAGUUCAACAAAUUUCCUACAGAACAAUAUUCUUCACUUUUCCUAUUAUCUUAGUUUUAUCUUCUUUAACCAGGAAACCCUGUGAGGACUAUAAUUCAUGCAAGCAGUAAAAUCUCAGAUUAUGUGUAUUUGAUGGAGUUGCUGUAACUAAAAAUUGCCUUUGGUAUUCCACCUUUCAACAAAUGUGUAAUUGGAAAUGAAAUUUCAGAGAACAAUGAAAUAAAGUCCUUUUCGUGCUCAAAAAAGGAAUGGGUAGUGAUUCUAUUCUUUUGGAAGGAUUGGUUCAUUGGAUUCUGGGGGACAUUGAGAACUUUGAACCUUCAAGAGAGAAUAAUUGAUGAUAAAUGAUACUGUGGCGGACUGGCAAGUACAGCCACAAUUUGGGGGAUUUCGUUUGUAGAAGAAUUUAAAAGGAAUUAGGCAGAUUGUGCUCUCACAUUCUGCAAAAGAGGGUAAGUCAGAUGCACUAUCACUAGAAUUUUCCAGAUCCGUAUUUUUAGGGGGAAUGUUGUGUCUAGGUAGGUAGUGAGAUGCCAAAGUACUGCAUGGUGCUUGAAAUGCAGGGGUAUAAGCAACCUUGGGGAAACGUAAGAGGUGGAGACUGAAUUAUAUGAACACCAGAGAAGUAGACAGAAAGACAGCUUUUGGAAUCAGAAAGUCCUAGGUUUGAAUUGCAAAUAGAGCAUGGGAUAGCUUUGUGGCUCUCCUCAAAUGCAGCCUGCUUGCAAUUGGUUGCAGGAACCUAUGCAUGUAAGGCACCUAUCAAAAUACCUGACACUUCU